AUGACCUCAGAGACCGCUCUCUACGGGCGUUCUGCCAGCAACCUCUUCCGCCGAUGCGUCGUCAAUUGCCCGACCGAAGCACCGCCAUGUCCGGCCUGCAAGGACACCGAGAUAUGUACGCUGACGGCCAAAUCGUGCGAAGCCUGCGCCGCUGCCGUCUGCACCCCUGAUCCAUUAUCCAACCCGCCGCCGGUGGACUCGGGCACUCCUACAGGUGCCAUCGCUGGCGGCGUCAUCGGAGGACUCGCCCUCGUCGCAGCCCUCGUGCUCGCCUGGUGGUUCUGCGUCCGGCGCCGACCCAAGAACACCGAGAUGUGGGAUGAGAAGCGAAACGUCAGCGACGACUUUGGCAGCGCCCGCCAGAAGAGACAGUCUGCAGUCGGCUCGAUCGCCUCCACUGUCCUCACCCGCGCCUCCAAUGUCAUCCAGAUCGCGUACAUCCCCGGCGUGACCAACCGAUCGGCCCCUGGCUCGCCAGACCUGAUGGUUCCCCCCGUUCCUCCAAUCCCGUCAGCUGUCAACAACUGCCAAAAUCAGCAGCAGCAGCACUACUUCAUGCCUGGCGACAUUCGAGACUCCAUGUGGUCCGGCAUGACAGACGACGAUGGCAAGAGCAUCAGCCCCAGUCUGGCCCGAAGCAGCGUCGCCACGACCAUCUACCGUCACAACGCGAUCGUCAGCCCUGUCCCAGCUCAGGAGGCGUACCGGGCCAAGGCGAACAUCGUCAGCGUCAAGUCUGGCAGCAGCUCGCCAGCUUCCUCAACCGCGCCCAAUGUCCCAGCCAUCACCAACUCCCAGCUCAACAAGGCCAAUGCAGUCGCCGCUAAACUCGGUGUCAGCUCCAUCGUUGCCCGAAGCGCCGUCGCUCGCCCUAUCAACGUCACCAAGGGCGGCCGUUCUAAGACGACCACCACCCUCGCCAACGAGAACACCUCUCACAACACGCCUAAGGUGACCGUCGAGUCGCCCGAUAAUGCUCCAAGCAGUGACGACUCUUCCUCUCUCGACUCGAGGAGUACCGCUCCCAGUUCAGGCAAUGCCAACAGCAACGCCACAAGCCAAGAUACUGCCAGGAGUAAACCCCGUGAAUCCGUCCAAUCUCUCGCCGUCACCGAAAUCGAUGACUCGCCCGACAUCAAACAAAGCCCGUUCGCGGACCCUAUAAUAGAGGAAGAAUCCUCGCAAUCAUCUGCCUCAGACCGCGAAUCCCAGCUUUCAACCGGCCAUACGAAGCGAAGUGCCAGCCCCUUCGACGAUAAACACGAAGUCAAGGCCAAGCCGUGA